AUGGCCGUCGAAAAUCACUCCACAGUGACAGAGUUCAUUCUCAAGGGCUUAGCAAAUCCCCCGGAGCUCCAGCUCCCCCUCCUCCUCCUCUUCCUCGGGGUUUACUGGGUCACCGUGCUAGGGAACCUGGGCAUGAUAACACUGAUCCGUCUGAACGCCCAGCUCCACACCCCCAUGUACUACUUCCUCAGCAAUCUGUCCCUCGUGGAUCUCUGCUACUCCUCUGUCAUCACCCCUAAGAUGCUGCUGAACUUCGUGUCCGAGAAGAACAGCAUCUCCUACGCGGGGUGCAUGACACAGCUCUACUUCUUCCUCGUGUUCGUCAUCGCCGAGUGCUACAUGCUGACAGUGAUGGCCUACGACCGCUAUGUUGCCAUCUGCCGGCCUUUGCUUUACAACGUCAUCAUGUCUCGUGGCGUCUGCUCCCUGCUGGUGGCUGUGGUCUACGUCAUGGGGCUCACCGGCUCAACCAUAGAGACGGGCCUCAUGUUAAAACUGCCCUACUGUGAGGUCCUCAUCAGUCAUUACUUCUGUGACAUUCUCCCCCUCAUGAAGCUCUCCUGCUCCAGCACCUAUGAUAUUGAGAUGACAGUCUUCUUUCUGGCUGGAUUCAACAUCAUAGUCACCAGCUCAGCGGUCCUUUUCUCCUACGCCUUCAUCUUCUCCAGCAUCCUCCGCAUCAGCAGCGCGGAGGGGCGGUCCAAAGCCUUCAGCACCUGCAGCUCCCACCUUGCCGCUGUGGGGGUGUUCUAUGGAUCUACUGCAUUCAUGUACCUGAAACCGUCCACAGCCAGCUCCCUGGCCCAGGAGAACGUGGCCUCUGUGUUCUAUACCACAGUGAUCCCCAUGCUGAACCCCCUCAUCUACAGUUUGAGGAAUAAGGAGGUAAAGGCUGCCAUGCAGAAAACAUUGCGGAGAAAAAUGUGUUGA